AUGCCAGCGGCCGCCACUGGGAAGUCUCCUAAUACCUUGAGCCAUAGUCCGCGGCAUCGAGUAAUCGCAGAUUCGGUCUUUGUGCCCGCAGCCAAUCCUCGGUCCCAAAGUGGCGUCUCGAGAGCCCCCGCUGCUCUACGAGCUAACAACCCCGUCAGUGCAUCUACACAACUACUUUUCGACAGCCCUGCUCAGCGGUUGCUCGAAACUACGGGGCUUUACCUUGAUGAAAUCAGUGUCCGAUACUUCCAGGGUGUUCAUACAUUCGUACCAAUUAUCUCCCGACGACAGUUCCAUACACAGUUGCUUUCUUUUGGAGCCAAUCUCCAGGCUGAUUUCGCGCUACUCGUUCUAUGCGUGGCAUUACUUGUCUCUUCCACAGACUCUUUCGAUGUCUUGGGGCCGCAAGGACCCAAUCGAAUUGAAGAUUCGACGCUCUAUAUUGCCACUAAAUCCCUUAUGGCCCAGGCACAAGCACUCUGCGCACCCACAACACGGCUCGUUCAAGCUGGAGUUUUGCUAUCGGUUUAUGAGUAUGCCCAUGGUUAUCCGGAGCAGGCUUUCGUGACGAUCGGAAGCUCCGCGAGGAUGGCGUAUGCAGCCCAGCUACGAUCGACCCCUGCUUCAGCCAGAAAUGCCCCGUCGCAGAUCGAUUGGACCAUAGAAGAAGAGGAGAUUAAUACCUGGUGGGGAAUCCGCAUAUGUGAGCGAACGUUCCUGUGUGAGCUAGCGAUUGUAAAUCAGCCAUUGGGCUCCAUAAUGCCCACCCAGUACGAUUGUCUACCACUCGAACCCUCAAUUCUAGACCAGAUAAACCCGGUGGUGGCAAUCCCACAUCGCGACUCGAUCCAGGCGCUGACUUCACCCGAAGUUGGCGGUUUCGGGCGCAGCGCUCAAGCAGCAUGGCUCCUGGAUGGGGUUCUGCGAGGUCUUUCUAUGACGGAUCCGGACCAGAAACAGGCACACCUUACUGAAUGUGAUCGAACGCUGCAGUCCUUUCUGGCAGUUGUGAUGCAACAGCACGGAGGCAACUACGGAAUAUUCUGUGUUCCAAUCGCUCUAACGAUCCGGUCUGUCCCUCUCCAAAACUCGAGUCUUGCCUCUCAAAAUGAUUGA